UUGCAUGUUAACUUCUGCAGUGACCUCUGCUGGUCUGAAGACAGGGUGAAAAGCCAAUUACUGACAUCCCUGUUAUUCAGCAGCAGUUUAGUGUUCAGACGUUAAGAGCAGAUAAUAGUGCGACGUGUUGCAGUCAUACUUAAAAUAUGGUGAUUCUGGUCUCUUGUUUUCUUUCCGACGACCACAGUGGAGGUGGUUCUUAGGACCCAUAUAAAAGCAGUGGAAAAUAGGAUUUUGUACACAGAUUUUUUUUUUUUUUUGGAGACUACAUUUCAGUACUACAUUUAUUCUGUUAAUAAAGAAUAUGUGUAAUAGUAACAAAUUGAAAAACGUCAUUUAGUCAGUGAGUAUUUGUCAAGUGUCUGCCAUGAACUAGGCCUUCCUAAGGAAUAGAAAGAUGAUAAUAAUAGUGCCUGUGCCUUUAAGUAUAGAUGAAGAGAGUAAAAGAGGUAUACAGAUGACCACGAUAAAGAAAAAUCAGCUUGUGCCAAGUGUGGUAGGAGAGAUCUGAAGGGUAAUAUAACUUACAGUAGGAAGAGAGAACUUCUGGCUCAGGUAAUCAGGGAAGGCUUCAGGGAAGACAUGCUCUGUGAAAUGUGUUGUCAAGAGUGGAUGGGAUUGUGGCAUCAGGAGAUGAAAGCAAAGACUGUUGCAGGUAGAAGGAAUAGCAUAAGCACAGCGUACAAGCUUGUUUGGAGCAAAGCAAAUUUCUGUUUGACAAGGCACUGAGUAGGAAGGAAAGUGCCCAAAUAAUGGAGGGUCUGGCAUAUCGGCUGAGGCACGUAAACUUUUCAUGGUAGGUAUGGAGGCACAUCUAUCACUUAUGAUGAUGAAUCUGUAAGCUUUAUGUUGCUUAGAUUCGAGAGGUAGGAAACAGUAGGUAGAGCAACUACUAGGUUGUGGCAAUGGUUCAGGGAAAAGUAAUUAGUUUAAGAAAGUAGCAGAGGGAAAAGAAAGGACAAGUAUAUAUAACAAUGAGUAGGGCUUGGUAAUGAAUAAACAGGGGUAGACAGUGGUGUAAAACGGGAAGGUGAUUUCCCGUCCCAGCUCAGGACGCACGCCACCCAGAGCAGGUGUCUGAUAAGUAUUUCAGUGAAAAUUUUGAGGUUAAGUGACUGAGUGGUAGAAAUAGAAAAAAAUCAAGAACCUGAAGAUGAUAAAGAUAAUUUCUAUUUAGAUUAUUGAGUUUGACCUGCUGGCAGGACAUAUAGAUUGAAAUGUCCUUAAACAGAGGAAGCUGCAGAAAGAGAACUUAGGAAAGCAGUCGAAUGUAAUGAUAUAGGCAGGAAACAUAGAACCAAAAGGACAAAGAACAGAGUCUUGGAUAUUGUCCAAGACAUAGAAUAAUGAGAAUUUAAGAGGCUCUGCCAAGAACAUGGACUAGAGAGGUAAGUCAGAAGAGAAGAAUAUUGCCAGCAGGUUUGGAAACGAAGUAAUGUAAAGAAAGUAAGUAUGGAGAAGGGACCGUUGAAUUUGAUUUUUGAAGGAACAGAUUUGUUAGAUGGUGGAUAAGAUCAUAAGAAGCUAAGGAAUGAGAGGGGGUAAGGCAUGAGUGUUGUCUGGCAGUGAAAGAAGAGGGAAAGGUAGACUAGUAGCCUGAAGACUAGCAGGACAAGAGAAGGAUUUUUUUUUAGGCUGGGGAAAUGAUAAAUACGUUUUUGUAAGUAAAUAGAGAAGGAGCUGGCAAAGAGGGUAAAAUGAAGAUGGCCCUGAGGCAAGAGAGAGAAAGGGAGGUAGGAGGAGAGAGCAAGACAGUAAAGAAACAAGGCAUCAGUUUUUCCUUAUUCAUUGUCCAGCUUUUGCAUGCAUAUAAGGCAAUUGAAAAUAUCAUGACUUGGGUCAGGUGCACCUUAGUCCUCAAAGUGACAUACUUGCUUUUUAACACUUUAAAGAGAUCUUUUACAUCAGAUUUGCCCAGUGCAAUCCAUCAUUUGAUUUCUUGACUGCUGCUUCCAUGGAUGUUGAUUAUGGAUCCCAACAAAAUGAAAUCCUUGACGACUUCAGUAUAUUCUCCGUUUAUCAUGAUGUUGCUUAUCAGUCCAGUUGUGAGGAUUUUUGUUUUCUUUAUGUUGAGGUGUAAUCCAUACUGAAGGCUGUGGUCUUUGACCUUCAUCUGUAAGUGCUUUGAGUCCUCUUCACUUUCAGCAAGUGAGGUUGUGUCAUCUGCAUAUGGCAGAUUGUUAAUGAGCCUUUCUACAAUCCUGAUGUCCUGUUCUUCUUCAUAGAGUCCAGCUUCUCAGAUUAUUUGCUCAACAUACAGAUUCAAUGAGUAGGUAUGGUGAAAGGAUAUACCCUGAUGCACACCUUUCCUAACUUUAAACCAAGUAGUAUCCCCUUGUUCUGUUCAAACAAUUGUCUCUUGAUCUACAUAUAGAUGACUUCCGUAUUGGGUGUUAAUUUAGGGAAGAGAGAGGGACUUUGUGAAAGAUAAGGAAUGAGCUCCAGAAAAAGUUUGAGGUGGAGAUGAUAGAAUUUAAAGGAACUCAGGCCAGAUAGUUUCAUUCUUUUUCAUAAAGUAGGCAGUACUGUUUGCUGAGAGGGUUAAGGUGGCGAGCAUGGGAAAGAUGCUGAGCAAUCCCUGUGGGGAUUUCCAGUGUAGUCUGUGAUAGAAAAGUCUGUGAUAGAGUAGAAGAAUCUUGACAGCAUGGACAGACCUCCUCAGGUGUGUAUGCAUUUGCUUGAGGCCUGUGCUUCCCUGUCUCAUGACUUUCUUCAGUAGCAUUUCCGAAUCUGGGAGCAAAAAAAUAAAAACCACACAAUCAUACCAACCAACCAAUGAACAGCAGGAGGGAAGAGCAAGCUUAGGGGAAACCUAAGGCAGACAUAGUGAGACGCUAUCCAAUAAAAACCAAACCCAUUGCCAUCAAGUUGAUUCCAGCUCAUAGCAACCCUACUGCCCAGAGCAGAACUGCCCCAUAGGGUUUCCAAGGAGUGCCUGCUGGACUCAAACUGCUGAUCUUUGGGUUAGCAGCCAAGUUCUUAACCACUAUGCCAGCAUUGGAAUGCUAGUGAGGUGAAUAAAUGCUGACUGUGAAAUCUGCGUUAAGUACAAAGCAAGUAAAAGUAGGAAAGGAGGUGGACUGUAAGAUAAAGACCAUGAUGAGGAUGAAGAGCAGAAUCCUUAGAUAUCAGGCUGUGGUAGAUAAGGAAGGUCAUAAAAUGUUUUGAUUUAUAAGAACUGCGGAUUUUGGAGGUAGAGUUUUCAAUAGGAAAUGGAAUAAGAAAGAAACCUUAAGAAAUGUAAGUUGGCAGGUGAGGGGAAUAUACAAGAUGGAAGCACAUAUUUCCAAUUUAUGGAAAGAGAUUUCUAUAUCCCAUAAUUAUUUUAAUGUUGUCUUUGCUCCAAAUUCUAACUCAACAUUGACUGUAUAGUCUUAUCUUAAGAAAUUCAAAUUUGAAUAGUGAAAGUAGAAUUUAUCUAUUUGCAGUCAUAUCCAAAUUCAUAAAAACUGAAUACAGAGCCAGGAGGGACCUGUGAGAUCAUCUCGUCUAAUGUGUGGAUUUUGUAGCCAGGAGACUGCAGCCCCUGGCUUAAGUGAUUAGUUCAAGGUUACACAGCGAGUGAGUGGCAGAGCUGAGACUGGACUUGAGGUCUCCACGGAUCCCCAGUCCUGGGCCAUCACUCGAGCAGCAUAAUGUUCCGGGCCGAGGCCUUCGGUGUGUACUCUCAGAACUUUAACAUGCUGUAUGGGAUGUUAUCUGCAGAACUGGCCUAUGAUUACUUCUUCUGAACUUUUACUUCCAAAUUCAUAAACUGUUGACCAUACCGAGAGAAGAAUCCCGCUAAAGCAGCGCUCCGCCAUCUACCUUAGACCACCAUUUGUUUAGACAGCCUUUGUUUGGGUUUCUUGCAGCAGUAGCUACAAUGAAACGGGAUUGACCGCUUUAACAAGCUAAACCAAAGCACUGUGAAAAUGAGCAAAGCAUGUUUAAAUACCUUCAUUUUCAUUUUAAUUCUUUAGUUCCUUUUUGUCUUGAGGAUUUUUAGGAAUAAUAGCACUUGGCAUAGGUAUGACAUGGAAACAGUGUAAAAUAAGAUUCAUUCCAGGUGUUGAAUCAUUUCAUAUAUUUACUUGAGUAAAUACUUCUUUUCCCUCUCUCCCUCUCCUGUCUCUUCCCCAAGAUUGGCUCUCUUCUAGGUACAUUUAGGAGGUAAAGAGAUGAAGGUACCUUUCCUACCUUCUGGAACUCAUCCAUGGUCUUUAAUACAGUGGUUCUCAGAAUGUGAGUCUGAGACAGCAGCGGCAGCAUCACCUGGGGACUUGUUAGAAAAGCAGACUCUCAGGGCCACCCCAGACCUACAGAACAGAACCUUCGGGGAUGGGGCCUGCAGACUGGUUUAACAAGCCUUCUGGGGGACUCCAAUACAAGUUCAAGUUUGAGGACCACUGGACUAAGGGCUAGAACUUUAUACCUUCUUUAAUUACAUAAUAUAAAAAAAAAAAUAGAAAUUUUUUUUUCAUACCAUAAAAUUCACCAUUUUAAAGUGUGCAAUUCAGUAGUUUUUGGUGUAUUCACAAGGUUGUACAACCAGCCUCAUUAUCUAAUUCUAGAACAUUUUCAUCACUCCAAAAAGAAAUCCCAUACCCAUUAGCAGUCACUCCCAAUUCCCUUUUUCUUCAUCUCCUGGUAUAUAACAAUUAACUUUUUGUUUCUGUGCAUUUGUGUGUUCUGGACAUUUUUUAUAAAUGGAACCAUAUAAUAUGUGGUCUUCUGUGACUGGUUUCUUUCAUUUAGCAUGCUUGCAACAUAUUCAUUUAUGCUGUAGCAUGUAUCAGUACAUCAUUCCUUUUCAUGGCUGAGUAAUAUUCCAUUUUAUUGAUCCAUUCAUCUGUUGAUGGCCAUUUGGGUCAUUUCCACUUUUUUAGCUCUUGUGAAUAAUGGUGCUGUGAGCAUUCACAUUCAAGAGUUUGUAUGAACGUAAGUUUUCAGUUCUUUUGGGUAUAUACCUAGGAAUGGUAAUGCUAAGGGUCACGUGGUAGUUCUGUGGUUAACUUUUUAAGGAAUUACCAAAUUGUUUUCCACGGUAGCUGCACCAUUUUACCUUCUCGCCAGCAAUGUAUUGAAGGUUCCAUUUUUUCCACAUUUUUGCCAACACUUGCUAUUUUCCUUUUUUUUUUUUUUAAUAGCCAUCUUAGUGGGAGUAAGGAGUCCUGGGUAGCGCAAAUGGCUAAGCACUUGGCUCUUAUCCGAAAUGUUGGCAGUUCUAAUCUACCCAGAGGUGUCUCGGAAGAAAGGCCUGGCAGUCUGCUUCUGAAAAAUCAGCCAUUGAAAACCCUAUGGAGUGCGAUUCUCUGAAACACACGGGGUCAACAAGAGUCUGAAUCAACUCAGUGGCAUCUGGUACUGGCAGUAGCUCACUGUGGUUUUGAUUUGCCUUUUUCUAAUGACUAAUGAGGAGCUCUGGCAGCAUAGUGGUUAAGCACUCAGCUGCUCACCAAAAAAGUCAGCAGUUCAAACCCACCAGCCUCUCUGCAGGAGAAAAGUCUGACAGCCUGCUUCCGUAAAGAUUAUAGCCUUGGAAACCCCGUGGGACAGUUCUCCUGUGUCCUGUAGGGCUGCUAUGAGUCAAAAUUGACUCGGCGGUAGUAGGUUUAAUGACUAAUGACAUGGAGCAUCUUUUCAUGUGUGUGUUGGCAGUUUGUAUAUCUUCUUGGGAGAAAUAUCUAUUUAAAAACUUUGCCCAUUUUUUAAUUGGGUUAUUUGCCUUGUUAUUGUUCAGUUGUAAGAAUAUAUACGUAUAUAUUCUGGAGCCCUGGCAGCACAGUGGUUAAAGAGAUCAGCUGCUAACCAAAAGGUUGGCAGUUUGAAUCUACCAGUCACUCCUUGGAAACCCUAUGGGGCAGUUCUUCUCUGUCCUAUGGAAUUGCUAUGAGUCGGUAUUGACUCGACACCAACAGGUCGGGUCUGGUAUAUAUUCUGGAUAUUAGACCCUUAGGUAUAAGAUUUGGAAAUAUUUUCUUUCAUUGAGUUGACUUCUCACUUUCUUGAUAAUGUCCUUUGAUGUAAAAAAGUUCAGUUUGUCUAUUUUUUUCUUUGAUUACUUGUGCUUUUGUUACCUUUUUUAUUUUUUCAAAGUACCAUCUUCCUGUAAUUAAUCAAUUCAGCCUGCUAAAAGAGUUGUUUAUACAUUUUUAUUAUGGAAGCCAUGAGGAAUUAGAUUUCAUCAUUUCAGUAAAUUAUUGCUUAUUUGCUAAGGGAUGUCAUUUGUAAAUUCAAAGCGUUUGUUUGCAGGUAUUUACAAGGUUUUUAUAUUGUGGUUGUGGAAUUUAAAUAUUAACAUCAUCAGGGCCAUAAAUUCAUAAGAAGCAGUGUUAAAUAAAUUUAACAAACUGCUCUUUUUGUUUAGGGAAAUUGAAAAUAAAACAUGUAUAACAGCUUUGAAUAAUAUUUUCCUCUUUAAAAAAGAUGGCUCUGUCUCUUUUAAAAACUAUGAACUUUCUGCCCUAAAAGCAGGGUCUCAAGAGGCAUUUGUAAAAGAACACGAGAAUCCCCGGAACUUGGAAAUAAACACGGACUGGUGUUUAUUUGUGUUAGUUUAAAAGUAGCAGCCCUAUGUGUCAGAAAACUGGAUCUCUAACACUGAAGUUAGUCUAAGCAAGCAAAUAAUAUCAGCUAACACGGCUUUAAUCUACUAAGUAACUUUAAAUCCAAAAGAUCAAAGGAAGUUAUAACUAAAAACAGUCCUUCAUGCAAUUUCCCUGUAGAAGCAGGAAAAGACUAGAAAUUACAUGUCACCUUCAUAUCCUGGCUUGCUGACCUUGUGCUCAGAUCAAGCCUCUCUGUAUGCCAGCUGUUACCAUUAUUAAGACCUUGCCCCUAGGGGUUAAGUAGGAGAAAAACUCUCCUGUCCUAUAGGAGAGCAAACAGCGAAAGUUCCAGCCCCUAACAUGCCUAAUUCAAAGCAAUCUGCAUGUGCUUGUCAUUCAGUCGGCUCGCUCGCUGCUCUGUGCAGCGGUUCCUGCCAACUUGUUGCUUUCUGUUGUGCUGUGUUGCCGCAGCAGCUUACGGUUCUUGCUACUGCAACCAUUUACGGAUCCAGCCAAGCCAGGGAAGUUUCCUCUUCCAGCAAAAAGACCUGUUACCAGAGGCUCACUGGACGCGAAAUAAAACAAAGAAAAUGAGGCUGAUACUUCUACAGCUCUGACGUUCCUACCACUCACCCCUCCAUGUAUCCAUCUCUGCUUUGACAGCCUAGUUCGUUUCCAGGGGAUCAAAACAUUGGAGCAUGGCUAUGAGCAACGGAAACAAGGAUUUUGUGGUUCUGAGCAAUGGCAGCAUCACAACCAGUGCUACCAACCCUAGUCCGCUCACCUCCUGUGAUGGAGACCUUGCAGCCCAGCAGCUCACAUCCAAAGAAGCACCGAGAACACAAGUGAGUCCCAACGGAUGCCUGCAGGUUAAUGGCACAGUUAAAUCAUCCUUCCUGCCUCUAGACAACCAAAGAACGCCUCCGAUGUUACCCCAGUGCUGCCAUCCUUGCCCAUACCAUCACCCUCUGACUAGCCAUAACAGUCACCAAGAGCGCCAUCCCGAGGCCGGUCCCACGGCACCCUCUGCUUUGACCUCGUGUUGCAUGCAGCCACAUGCAGAGUACUCUGCAUCUCUUUGUCCAAACCAUUCACCUGUUUAUCAGACCGCGUGCUGUCUUCAGCCCUCUCCAUCCUUCUGCCUGCAUCAUCCGUGGCCUGACCAUUUUCAGCAUCAGCCUGUACAACAGCACAUAGCCCACAUAAGACCAUCCAGACCUUUCAAGUUACCAAAAAGUUAUGCAGCCCUGAUAGCCGACUGGCCGGUGGUGGUCCUGGGCAUGUGCACCGUGUUCAUCGUGGUCUGUGCCUUGGUUGGAGUAUUAGUGCCAGAGCUUCCUGACUUCUCGGAUCCAUUGCUGGGUUUUGAACCAAGAGGGACUGCAAUAGGCCAAAGACUGGUCACGUGGAACAACAUGGUGAAAAAUACCGGCUACAAAGCAACAUUAGCAAAUUAUCCUUUUAAAUAUGCAGAUGAGCAAGCCAAAAGCCAUCGGGACGAUAGAUGGUCCGAUGAUCAUUAUGAAAGAGAGAAAAGAGCCGUUGACUGGGACUUCCACAAAGACAGCUUUUUCUGCGACGUUCCAAGUGAUCGAUAUUCCAGAGUGGUAUUUACUUCAGCUGGAGGGGACACACUGUGGAAUUUGCCUGCAAUUAAAUCAAUGUGCAAUGUAGAUAAUUCGAGGAUCAGAUCCCACCCCCAGUUUGGUGAUCUCUGCCAGAGGACCACUGCUGCGUCCUGCUGCCCCAGCUGGACUCUGGGGAACUACAUCGCCAUUCUGAACAACAGGUCGUCCUGCCAGAAGAUCGUCGAGCGAGACCUUUCCCAUACCUUGAAGCUGCUUCGGACCUGUGCCAAACACUAUCAAAAUGGCACUCUGGGGCCAGACUGUUGGGACAUGGCGGCCAGAAGAAAGGAUCAGCUCAAGUGCACCAAUGUGCCUCGAAAAUGUACCAAGUACAACGCUGUGUACCAGAUCCUCCAUUAUUUGGUAGACAAAGACUUCAUGGCCCCAAAGACGACUGACUACGCCAUGCCAGCUUUGAAGUACAGCAUGCUCUUCUCUCCCACAGAGAAAGGGGAGAGUAUGAUGAACGUUUACUUGGACAACUUCGAAAACUGGAACUCUUCUGACGGCAUAACCACCAUCACGGGGAUUGAGUUUGGUAUCAAACACAGCUUGUUUCAAGACUAUCUUCUAAUGGAUACUGUGUAUCCUGCCAUAGCCAUUGUGAUUGUCCUUCUAAUCAUGUGCGUCUACACCAAGUCCGUGUUUAUCACUCUGAUGACAAUGUUUGCAAUAAUCAGCUCCUUGAUUGUUUCCUAUUUUCUCUAUCGCGUCGUGUUUAACUUCGAGUUUUUUCCCUUUAUGAACCUCACCGCACUCAUUAUUUUGGUGGGUAUUGGAGCAGACGAUGCUUUCGUCCUGUGUGAUGUCUGGAACUACACCAAAUUCGACAAGCCUCACGCGGAAACUUGGGAAACAGUGAGCGUCACCUUGCAACAUGCCGCCCUCUCCAUGUUUGUCACCAGCUUCACCACUGCGGCUGCCUUUUAUGCUAACUAUGUCAGCAACAUCACAGCCAUCAGGUGCUUCGGGGUCUACGCAGGCACAGCCAUCUUGGUGAACUACGUCUUGAUGGUCACCUGGCUUCCAGCAGUUGUGGUUCUGCACGAGCGAUACCUCCUCCGGAUGUUCAGUUGCUUCAGGAAGCCCCAGCAGCAGAUGUACGACAACAAGAGCUGCUGGACAGUGGCUUGCCAGAAGGGCCACAAAGUGGUUUUUGCCAUUUCAGAAGCAUCUCGAAUUUUUUUUGAAAAAGUGUUGCCAUGCAUUGUCAUUAAAUUUCGCUACCUUUGGCUGUUUUGGUUCCUCGCCUUAACCGUAGGCGGGGCCUACAUCGUGUGUAUAAACCCAAAGAUGAAGCUCCCCUCGCUGGAGCUCUCGGAGUUCCAGGUGUUCAGGUCGUCUCACCCUUUUGAACGUUACGAUGCCGAGUACAAAAAGCUUUUCAUGUUUGAACGUGUUCACCACGGAGAGGAGCUUCACAUGCCCAUCACGGUGAUCUGGGGCGUGUCCCCCGAAGACAACGGCAAUCCACUGAACCCCAAGAGUAAAGGGAAGCUGACUUUAGACAGCAGCUUUAACAUCGCUAGCCCAGCUUCCCAGGCCUGGAUUUUGCACUUUUGCCAGAAACUGAGAAAUCAGACGUUCUUUUACCAGACGGACGAACAGGACUUCACCAGCUGCUUCAUUGAGACGUUCAAGCAGUGGAUGGAAAACCAGGACUGCGACGAGCCUGCCCUCUACCCCUGCUGCAGCCACUGGAGCUUUCCCUACAAGCAGGAGAUUUUUGAACUCUGCAUCAAGAGAGCCAUCAUGGAGCUGGAAAGGAGCACCGGGUACCACCUGGAUAGCAAAACGCCGGGGCCGCGGUUCGACAUCAAUGACACCAUCAGGGCAGUCGUGCUAGAGUUCCGGAGUGCCUCCCUCUUCACUCUGGCUUACGAGAAGACGCAUCGGUUUUACAAGGAGGUAGACUCGUGGAUUUCAAAAGAGCUGAGCUCCGCGCCGGAAGGCCUCAGCAAUGGCUGGUUUGUCAGCAAUCUGGAGUUCUAUGACCUUCAGGAUAGCCUCUCCGACGGCACCCUCAUUGCCAUGGGGCUCUCAGUGGCUGUCGCGUUCAGUGUGAUGCUCCUUACCACUUGGAACAUCAUAAUAAGCCUUUAUGCCAUCAUUUCAAUAGCUGGAACAAUCUUCGUUACUGUCGGUUCUCUCGUGCUGCUGGGCUGGGAGCUCAAUGUUUUGGAGUCUGUCACCAUUUCGGUCGCAGUCGGCUUGUCGGUGGACUUUGCCGUCCACUAUGGGGUCGCUUACCGCCUAGCUCCGGAUCCUGACCGCGAAGGAAAGGUGGUCUUCUCCUUGAGUCGCAUGGGCUCUGCGAUCGCGAUGGCGGCCCUGACCACCUUCGUGGCGGGGGCCAUGAUGAUGCCGUCCACGGUGCUGGCUUACACCCAGCUGGGCACCUUCAUGAUGCUGAUCAUGUGCACCAGCUGGGCUUUCGCCACAUUCUUCUUCCAGUGUGUGUGCCGGUGCCUUGGACCGCAGGGGACCUGUGGUCAGAUUCCCUUACCUAAAAGACUACAGGGCCGUGCCUUUCCCCAUGCCUUGUCUGCAAGUCCAGGUGACAAGGGUCAAAGCAGAACACAUACCAUGAAUGCAUAUCAUUUAGAUCCCAGGGGCCAAAAGUCUGAAAUGGAGCCUGAGUUUUAUGAACUAGAACCGCUGGCUUCCCACAGCUGUACUGCUUCUGAGAAGACCACUUACGAAGAGACCCACAUCUGCUCCGAACUCUUCAACAGCCACGCAAAGAAUUUAGGGAUGCCGGUGCAGGCAGCUUGCAACAGCCAGCUCAGCAGAAGCACCAAGAACGAAACAAGCGCCUCCUUGUUACAGCCCCCUCUUGGGCAGCGCAGCGCGUGUCAGCUCUUCUCUCUGAAUCGGGGAUGUAGCUGCCCCGGUGCCUACGAGCCUUUGAAGUACGGCCUGCACUCCUGCCAGCAGCUGGGUGACUGCUUGUGCCACCAGUGCGCCCCUUCCACUGGCGGCUUUGUCCGGAUCCAGAACGGCAUGGCACCGCUGACAGCAGCGCACCAGGCCCCCGAUGGCUUCGUGCCCCCCAUCCCGCACAUCCAGCACUGCCCCUGCCUGCAGGGAAGAGUGAAGCCGCCUGGGGUGCAGAGCUCUCUGCCGAGGAGUUUUUUCCUUCGCCCCGUGCAGCACAUCCAGACCCAAGAAAACAUUGGGAAGCCCAGCGUACAGAGUCUUCAGAGCAUAGAGGAGCACCUUCCGAAGAUGGCAGAGCCAUCGUCAUUCCCCUGCAGAGGCACUGAAUCUUUAACGAAAGCCUGUGGAGAUGCUGAGGCUAGCCAAAGGGGGCUCUGUGAAAAUAGAGCCGUCGGGAGCGCAGAGGGCAGCGGAAGGACUGAGCAGCAGGACUCCAGCUUAGUGCGUCAGACCAACAAGGCAGAAGGCGAGGUGGAGUUGGGCUCGUCACAGGCUGCUGCCACUGUGAACUCAGAACAUCUGAAUCAGAAUGAACCAAAAUUUAUAUUUAACCAUUUCCUGGGGGAGGCUGGUGUUGUGCCCUGUCCAAACAGCCCGAAAAUUUGUGGCAGAAUUCUGAGAGUCAAGUGCAAUUCUGUGGACUGUCAAAUGCCAAACAUAGACGCCAACGUGCCUGCUGUAUUAACACGCUCAGAACUUUCUGGUGAAAGUUUGUUAAUAAAAACACUUUAAUAAAUAGAGCGUUGAACUCAGCACCAGUGCCUCAGUUGGUCUUUUGGAAUGGAAGUAAAAUCCAGAGCUUUAGAAAGUGAGCCCCCAAAUACGGCCCCCCCCCAAAUAAUUUUUAUUUAAAAACACUAUGGAAUAUAGAGCAAACUUGAAUGACCAAACUCACAAAUCCAAUAGGAAUGCUGGUUGAUGAUUGGACUUUUUUUUAAAGUAGUUUUUAUACAUUUGUAGCCAGUUUGAAAAAUAAUCCCCAGUUCCCUCCCACGGUAGUGAGUCAGAGAGUUAGAAUUUGAAUUGCCUAGAAACUUCCAUUCUCCCAGUCAGUCAGAUUUACCUAAUAUCCUCACUCUGGAGCAUUUGGUUGGCAGUGUUCAGGACUUCUGCUUGCUCAGCAUAAAUCCUAGGAAAUUGCCCUAGUUUUCAUAGAGCCACUUCAGUUGAGACUCAGCCUUACAAGAACUAAACAACAUUAAGAGUUUAUAUCUUUGGUGAGGCCUUAUUUAAAAGCUAGUUACCAGGGACUUUCAUAGUGUAUUCCACCUGUCCGCAUGAGUAGACUUUGCAUGAAGCCAGUGAUACAUUGAUACAUUGAUUGGUGUCUUUUCCAAGUUAGCCAAAAUUCACAUUUUUCAGUUAUUACACCUACUAACCCAGGGUCCUGGGCGUCAUAUUGUACCAGGCAACAGUUAUGUUAGUGCCACAGAAGAGCAAGCACGGAUAAAGAGAGAUUCGUUACCCAAAAUAGUCCUAAACUGCCAAAGACAAGUUGCAUGUUGAGGAAGAUGGAUCCUGGUCAGGUGUAUCCAGAGGCCCUGGAAGCUUUCAGCGGAAGGAACUUGUUCUGUGAAGUUUUGCUUCCAUCUCUACCCCUAAGGGGACAAGUUCAGGCAGCUUCUUUCUCCUGUUUUGAUGAGCCAAAACAGUGUUUCAAGACAUGUAACUAUGAUUUUAUUGUGCAGCUAACACCUGGAAAUGCUGAGCCUUCAGGCAGCAUCAGAAAUGACACUUGUGUAUCUUGCGCUAGAUCAGCCUGCAGUAAUUGAGCUGUUGGAGCAUGCUCUCUGGGUAGUAUUUCAGGCAACAGCAUGUCUUCUGAUACUAAGUGCGUUACAGCCCCAUACAGGAAGAGGCCUGCUGCCUUCUUCCUUUUGUAACUCUGCCUCGAAUUUGGUCUUCUGAAGAAAACUGGUGGAAAUAUUUCUAAAUGCAGUGUUCUUUACAAACGUUUUAUCAACUAUUUUCUAAGAAGAGUUUUCCAAAUCAGAUCUUCCUCUUAGUCUAGGGCCCGAACAAAGCUGUCUAGGGUUGGAAGGGACUGUAUGCGUCAUGGACUCCAGCCCACCUCCGCCAAAUCACAUUUCUGCCGAAGUGGCUUUCCAGCUGCCACUUGAAUGCUUCUGUGACAGGUAGCUCCCUGGAUGUCCACCUUCGUUGAACGAAAAUCUGUUGUCCUGUAGUUUUUCGACCAGUUGGCCCUCGGCCUGUUUGGUGAAGUGUACACAGGCAUCUCUGAUCUUUCUUUCACACGGUAGCCCUUCAGAUAUUUGGAAAACACAGGAAUCGUGUCCUCGCACUAAUACCCCCGGCUUGUUGGACUGUUCUCCUAUGACCGGCUUUCAAGCAAUUAAACCCCUAAUGGAGUAGUUGCUGUUUCCUUUGGAUUUGUUUGUUGAGCUCCCUCUCCAAGUGUGGUAUCCAAAACACUCAGAUUCGUCCCAGGACUGGACGCUCCUGUUAAUUCACUUAGAGAGAGGAAUGACUUUUGGCUCAAGAAUUACAGCCGACUCUCGUGCAGCUUCAAAAAAGCAAAAAACAAAGCCACUGCUGUGGAGUCCUUUCCCACUCACGGCAACCCCGCGGGAUACCGAGUAGUAACGCAUGUGGUAACAUCUUCCGGGGUCUCAGGCAGGCUGCUGCUGUUACCUACCGAACCUGUUCUGGCCCAGUCAGAGGAGGCUAACAAAAACCAAACCGGUUGCCCUCGAGUCCAUUCUCACUCAUGGAGACCACAUGUGUUUGGAGUGGUAACUGCUUCAAAGGGUUUUCUUGGCUGUAAUCUUUAUGGAAGCAAAUCACCAGGCCUUUCUUCCAUGGUGCUGCCAGGUGGGUUCAAACCACCAACCUUUAGGGUAAUAGUCGAGUGCAAAUUGUUUGUGCCACCCAGGGACCUUCAUGCAGUUUCAAAAAAAAAAAAAAAAAACCUUGCCUUCAAGUCAGUUCCGACUCAGCGACUUAUAGGACAGAGUAAAACUGCCCCAUAGGGUUUCCAAGGAGCAGCUGGUAGAUUUGAACUGCUGACCUUUUUUUGGUUAGCAGCUGAGUGCUUAACCACUGUGCCACCAGGACUCUUCAUGCAGCUUGUUGUUGUUAGGUCAGUCAAGUCGGUUCCAACUCAUAGUGACCGCAUGUACAACAGAACGGAACACUGCCCAGUCCUGUGCCAUACCCACAAUUGUUAUGCUUGAGCCCAUCGUUGCAGCCACUGCGUCAAUCCAGCUCAUUGAGGGUCUUCCUCUUUUUCGAUGACCCUCUACUUUACCAAGCAUGACGUUCUUCUCCAGGGACUGAUCCCUCUUGAUAACAUGUCCAAAGUAUCUGAGACGUAGUUUCGCCAUCCUUGCUUCUAAGGACCAUUGUGGUUGUACUUGUUCCAAGACAGAUUUGUUCUUUUGUCAGUCUGUGGUGGAUUCGAUAUUCUUUACCAACACCACGAUUCCAAAGCAUCAGUUCUUCGGUCUCUCUUACUCAUAGUCCAGCUUUCUCAUGCUUAUAAGGCCGUUGAAAACACCGUGACUUGGGUCAGGUGCACCUUAGUAUUCAAGGUGAUACCUUUGCCUUUCAACACUUUAAAGAGGUCUUUUGCAGCAGAUUCAUGUAAUUUAGGGGGAACUAAAACAACCAGUUCCUAUAGGGUCGCUAUGAGUCGGAAUCGACUUGAUGGCACUGGGUUUUUUUUGUUUUUGUUUUUUAAAAAACAACCAGGCCUCACGUGUACUGCUGCUAAGCUGCCUCUUCAAACCAGUUAUUUACCCUGAAGUUCAGGACCUUGUGUUCAUUCCCAUUGCUCUUAAUUCUGUUAGAUAAAUGAGGGUAAACAAGAAGGGAACACUUAAAAAUAGAACUCAAAAUACUCAAAACCAGAUUGUUUUCUUCCUUCCUGAAAUUUGUAACCAUGGAGUUGGCUAGUGAAAAUUUAAUGGUCCAAGUGCGGAUUGAAUUUCAGCGCAGUAGGAGACUGGUGGUACGGUAGUUAAAGAGUUACGGCUGCUAACCAAAAAGUCGGCAGUUCAAAUCCACCAGCCGCUCCUUGAAAACCCUAUGGAGCUGUUCUACUCUGUCCUAUAGGGUCACUACAAGCUGAAAUCAACUCAACGGCAAAGGGUUAAGGGUAGGAAACGCAAACUUCUUUACAAACAGUCUAACCUGGAAGACUUUCACGUGAGCUAAAUGUCCUUUGAUUUAGAAAAUUAAAAACUGGGAAGUAAGGGAUUUGGUAGGAGGAGAGAAGUGUCCCAGGUCGUCUUCCUGGGGCCUCAGUCAACCUGUUGCUGCUGUUGACCUGCUGAACCCGUUCUGGCUCUGUCGGAGGAGGCUAACAAAAGCCAAACCAGUUGCCCUUCAGUUGAUUCUGACUCACGGUGACCACGUGUGUAUCAGAAUAAAACUGUGCUCUGUAGGGUUUUCAUGGCUGAUUUUUUGGAAGUAAAUAGCCUUUCUUCUGAGGUGGCUCUGGGUAGACUUGAACCUGCAACCUUUCACUUAGUAACUGAAUGCAUUAACAUUUGCCCUACUCAGGGACUUCCAGAGGAGGCUAGAGGGGCCUUUUUCUUCCCAGUUCUGCUUAACUGCCUUGAACCUUGAAUGUGGCAGUGACCCCUUUUCAUAUUUAUUUCAUUUAUGAACUUAGAAUUGACUAUUUCCAUUUCUUAUGAAGGGAUUUUUUUUUUUUUUAAGAAUUCAUUUGCUGAGACUAG